AUAUGCUUUCGGCCUUUGCUUUUGUUGACCGCCCAAUUUACUUCUAUUCCGCGGUCCAUACAGACCAUACCACAUUAUCGCGGUCUUCAUACGACCAAAAUGGUUUGGGGAACCACGCACGUCCAAAAAUACUUCAACAGACAGCUGGCUCCGUCCUGCGCUUUGAUUGCAAUAUCGAGUUUCAACUUUGUUUUCGACGACCAGGGUUAUGCGACCGCCCAGGCUAUGGAUGUCUUUGAGCACCGGUUUGGAGGUACACGCGAAGACGAAGUCAUGGGGUCUGGAAGCACGCUGGCUUUCAAUGUUCAAUGGGCCUCCCCGGAUUUGCUUGUGGUGUCAUGAUUGGUACUUUGGUGAGCGCUCGGUUUGGCCGUCGAAUGUGCAUGUUUGAGUGAUCUGUUACCCGGUACGUGAUUCCCCAGAUCGGCACAUGGUUACUAGAUGUGCCAUACGCCAAUUUGCAAUCGAAAGUCGGAUUUAACUACGGCAGUGCUGCCGCUUGCUGGAUUAUCUUCACCUACUUUUGCGUUCCUGUGUAGAGACAAGUCAUUCGAGCAAGUAGACCAGCUCCUUCUACGUUCUAGCUUCUUUUAUCUCCCUCGUCUUUCUGUUUCCUUUUCCUCAUCCGCC